UCAGGAGAAAAGAAAGAUCCAGGAGAUCAAAACUCUAAGAGCAGGAUGGCUAAAAGAAAGGCCAGUCCUGAAAAGAAGACCCCCGUAAAAAGAAGGAGGGUCACUGAGCAGGCUGCUCCUUCCACCAGCUCAGAUACACACCAGGUCAAAGCAGUGAAGCGUAAGGCCCAGCAAGAUGGAGCGGGCACAACCAGUGCACCGAAGAAGAUUAAACUUGCUGAGCCUACGAGUGAAGACAGGGAGCAAGCGUCUUCCUCCGUGGACACUGGUAAAGACUCUAAGAGCAGGAUGACUAAAAGAAAGGCCAGUCCUGAAAAGAAGACCCCCGUAAAAAGAGGGAGGGUCACUGAGCAGGCUGCUCCUUCCACCAGCUCAGAUACACACCAGGUCAAAGCAGUGAAGCGUAAGGCCCAGCAAGAUGGAGCGGGCACAACCAGUGCACCGAAGAAGAUUAAACUUGCUGAGCCUACGAGUGAAGACAGGGAGCAAGCGUCUUCCUCCGUGGACACUGGUAAAGACUCUAAGAGCAGGAUGGCUAAAAGAAAGGCCAGUCCUGAAAAGAAGACCCCCGUAAAAAGAAGGAGGGUCACUGAGCAGGCUGCUCCUUCCACCAGCUCAGAUACACACCAGGUCAAAGCAGUGAAGCGUAAGGCCCAGCAAGAUGGAGCGGGCACAACCAGUGCACCGAAGAAGAUUAAACUUGCUGAGCCUACGAGUGAAGACAGGGAGCAAGCGUCUUCCUCCGUGGACACUGGUAAAGACUCUAAGAGCAGGAUGGCUAAAAGAAAGGCCAGUCCUGAAAAGAAGACCCCCGUAAAAAGAGGGAGGGUCACUGAGCAGGCUGCUCCUUCCACCAGCUCAGAUACACACCAGGUCAAAGCAGUGAAGCGUAAGGCCCAGCAAGAUGGAGCGGGCACAACCAGUGCACCGAAGAAGAUUAAACUUGCUGAGCCUACGAGUGAAGACAGGGAGCAAGCGUCUUCCUCCGUGGACACUGGUAAAGACUCUAAGAGCAGGAUGGCUAAAAGAAAGGCCAGUCCUGAAAAGAAGACCCCCGUAAAAAGAAGGAGGGUCACUGAGCAGGCUGCUCCUUCCACCAGCUCAGAUACACACCAGGUCAAAGCAGUGAAGCGUAAGGCCCAGCAAGAUGGAGCGGGCACAACCAGUGCACCGAAGAAGAUUAAACUUGCUGAGCCUACGAGUGAAGACAGGGAGCAAGCGUCUUCCUCCGUGGACACUGGUAAAGACUCUAAGAGCAGGAUGGCUAAAAGAAAGGCCAGUCCUGAAAAGAAGACCCCCGUAAAAAGAAGGAGGGUCACUGAGCAGGCUGCUCCUUCCACCAGCUCAGAUACACACCAGGUCAAAGCAGUGAAGAGUAAGGCCCAGCAAGAUGGAGCGGGCACAACCAGUGCACCGAAGAAGAUUAAACUUGCUGAGCCUACGAGUGAAGACAGGGAGCAAGCGUCUUCCUCCGUGGACACUGGUAAAGACUCUAAGAGCAGGAUGGCUAAAAGAAAGGCCAGUCCUGAAAAGAAGACCCCCGUAAAAAGAGGGAGGGUCACUGAGCAGGCUGCUCCUUCCACCAGCUCAGUAACACACCAGGUCAAAGCAGUGAAGCGUAAGGCCCAGCAAGAUGGAGCGGGCACAACCAGUGCACCGAAGAAGAUUAAACUUGCUGAGCCUACGAGUGAAGACAGGGAGCAAGCGUCUUCCUCUGUGGACACUGGUAAAGACUCUAAGAGCAGGAUGGCUAAAAGAAAGGCCAGUCCUGAAAAGAAGACCCCCGUAAAAAGAAGGAGGGUCACUGAGCAGGCUGCUCCUUCCACCAGCUCAGAUACACACCAGGUCAAAGCAGUGAAGCGUAAGGCCCAGCAAGAUGGAGCGGGCACAACCAGUGCACCGAAGAAGAUUAAACUUGCUGAGCCUACGAGUGAAGACAGGGAGCAAGCGUCUUCCUCCGUGGACACUGGUAAAGACUGCAGUCAAAACACAAAGGGGUGCACAAAAAAUGGCAGAAACAAGUCUGCGGGAGACAGCAAAGAGUCACCCAAGAAAAAGAAAAAGGACAAAACCAAAAACGUCGUCCAAAAUCCAGCAGCCGACCAGCAACGGGAAUACCAAGCCAGAUAUGUGCAGGAGCACCAUCUAGGAAAUGGCGGCUGUGGAGCAGUGUUUGCUGGCUACAGGAUAACAGAUCAUUUCCCAGUAGCCAUCAAACACGUUCCCAAGAACAGAAUCCCCAUCAAAGUGACGGAUGAAAACGGGAAGGAAGUCUCAGUGGAAGUGGCCAUUUUGCUGAAGCUUGCAGCUGAAGCAGAUGGAUCAGUGGGAACGUCGGCUCCUGUGUCUCUGUUGGACUGGUUUGACUUUGGCACAGAGCUGAUCCUGGUGCAGGAGAGACCUGUCCCCGCGGUGGACCUGUUUGAAUACAUAAGAGAAAAUGGAGGAUGUUUACCAGAAGGAAAGGCCAAGGUCAUUCUGAAGCAACUGGUUGAUGCAGCAAAGGACCUGGAAGAGAAAGACAUCUUUCACCGGGACAUCAAGAGUGAGAACAUUCUGAUUGAGACCGGCUCAGAUGUGCCUCGAGUUCGUAUCAUUGACUUUGGCCUGAGCUGCUUUGCUACGGAGCAAUCGCAGUUCUGUUUCUUCUAUGGUACACCUAUCCACAGCCCUCCCGAAUGUUACUGGGGCAAAAAAUACAGGCCUGGACCCACCACGGUGUGGCAAAUGGGAGUGGUGCUGUACGAAGCACUUCAUGUGGGGGACUUUAAUAUCAUGACGUUCAUUGAAAACGAACUGAAAUUCAACGAGCAUCUGUCCCCACACUGCCGGAAUUUCCUGGAUGCGUGUUUAACCGAUGUCCCGGAGAAGCGCCCAACGCUGGGGGACCUCCAGCGUCACCCCUGGCUCAGAUAAACCCAUCUCUCACACACACACAUUUCAUAUAUUAUCAUAUAAGUGUGAUACGUGACCUAACUUUCUAUUUUUGUCUUUCUUUCAUUUUUUUGGUUUUUUUUUAACAGGAAAAGGUUGUUUUUUGGGUUUUUUUGGCCAAUUCUAAAUUUUGCUAUCCUGAAAUUCCUGUAACCCCCCCAGCCAUCCCAGGAAAGGGGAUCUCUCUUUGAAUUGGCUUUCCCGAGGUUUCUUCCCAUCAUUCUGGCCCCCCGGGGAGUUUUUCCUCGUCUUCAUAGAGAGCUUGGGCUGGGUCAGGAGCUUCAUCAAAAUUGGCCUUAUUUGAUUAGGUUAAUGUAAUAAAAUUACGUUGAUGUAAUCAAAAUUAGUAAAAAUCAAAAGAUUUAACUUAAACUUCCAUUAAAACUUGUUUAACUCAA